AUGUUUGGUGUACUCACUUCACUGGUGCAGACAGCCACAGAGCAGGCGAAGAAACUCACAGAUGAGGGAUUGGAGUUUGUAAAGCAGACGGGAGUACUGGAUCUUGAAGAGGGAUAUAAUGAUGAAGAAAAGAGUACUGGACUUGAUAAUAAGGAAGUUACUGAAACAACGCAGGAAACUUCAUCUGAAGUAAAGAGUGAAGAAAAAGAGAAAACGAAAGAAAAAGAACGAAAAAAACAAGAUGAAACAUGUUGUGUUACAAAACAACUUCUUACUAUACCACCAUCUGAAUGGGAAUCACCAGUAGAAGAAUGGCAAAUGAUAGCGGAAUCUGUUUUAAUGGAGGAGAAUACCUGUAUUAUUCCUCCUAGUAGAAUAAUUGAGAAUAAAGAAAUCGCAUCAAAGAUUUGUAAAUGUUUAAAGAUAAAUUCAAUUGCUAAUCUUCCAACCCCUGCGGAAGUAGAUGCUUGUAAACCAUCAAAGGAGGUAGUGGAAUGGAUAUUAUCUUCUUCAGAAAAAAUGGAGUUUCGAUCAUCAUUGGUUCCUCGUCUUGUUGGAGAUGAAGAUUAUUGGGUAAAUCUCUCAUGGCGAUUUCACCUUUAUCACAUGUGUCGUAACACGGAUCAGUUAUUAGAUUUAGUUGAAAUUGUAUCAACUGAACCGGAUCCAGUUGACAAAACAGGGACUCAGCGUAAGAAGAACAUUGGUGUACCAAACAAUACAGAGUAUUGGAAAAAAUUGCGAGAUGAGGUACAGUCCAAGAGAGCCUUAAAGCAUUGGAUACAAGAACAGGUUAAUAAUGUCAAUCAUGAAAUUGAACUCGCAUGUGGGAACCUUCAGUUACUGUCGAAACUUAUUAAAAAACGUGAAACUACGGAUUUGGGAAAUUCUGUUUGUGAAAGUUGCAAAUAUCACAAGACAAAACUAAGUCGUUUAAUGGGAGAUUUAGCGGCAGAACAGGAAAAACUUAAUGAUAGUGAACUUUCUGUAGAGCAUGGCUCUCUCUUUUCUCGACUUGUUGAAACGAAUGAGAUGUUGCGUAUAAAGAUUGAAGCAUACACGGAUCUUUGCAGUGGAAAUCUUUCAGAGGGGUGGGAACAUCUCUCUGAUGAGGGAAAUGUAGAAGUAGCAACUAAAAAUGACAUGGAUGAGGAAAAAGAAACCGAUGGUGAUGUAGUCUUUGAAGCAGCGCUACCGUGGGAAGAUGAAGAAGAAAAAAAUGCUAAUUCCUCUUAA